AUGAAGAUUCAGUACGUCGUUACUGCUACAGCGCUUGCUGCAGUCACGUCAGCCAAACCGCAUCACUUGCACCAACGGGCCUAUUCUCAAAACUCGGUCAAACGCAACAUUGUCUAUGCUCCGGCCGCGACUGAGACUCAGAUCGUGUACUGGCUCGAUGAUCAUGCGAUUUCUGAAGAUGAGGUUCGUGAAGGUAUCGCCAAUGGCACUUUGAUGUGGGGAUCAGGCAACGUCUUGUCAUCAACAACUGAUCCACAUGUCGCAUUGCCCACUUCGCCUCCAACCGACAAACACGGAGGGCAAGCUGCGGAUCCUGUUGACAACCAUCCCGCAGAGCCUAUCGACAAUCCCCAGCCUAAGCCGGAAGGGCCUACAACUGAGGAACCACCGAACGGUGUCACUACUCCAGAUCCACCAACCGUACAACAGCCAGAUGCCCCAUCGAACCCUUGGGUUGACUUGGUCGACAAGAAUGGGCAUUGUGCUGAAUGCGACAAGGUAUUCCCGAACGGUGAAAUCGCUUGCACCGAGUUUCCCCACGGGUAUGGCGCAUUACCCAUCGAUCAUGAAGGCUUGGGUGGAUGGUCUGGCAUACAGGAUCCGCAAUAUGUGGGAUCCGAUGGCUUCGAUGACAUUAUGACCGUUGUCAAGGGCUCAUGCUCGGACGGGACUUGCUGCAAACCAGGGAGGUACUGUUCAUAUGGAUGCCCAAACCCGUACCUCAAGGCUUCCUUCCCAUCCACUCAAGGAAGACACGGUCAGACUGUGGGUGGCCUACACUGCAAUAAAGACGGCUAUCUGGAAAUGGCUGACGGCAAGAUUGCCGAUACGUUGUGCGUCCCAGGCUCCAAGAAGAUGAGUGUAAAGGUGCAGAGCAAUCUAUCACAGACUGUAUCGUUCUGUCGCACCGACUAUCCAGGUACUGAAUCAAUGACCUUUCCCGUCACUGUUGGACCAGGCCAGACAGGUUUUCUUGCCAACCCCGACCAGCAAACGUAUUUUUUCUGGCAGGGCAAGAGGACCUCGGCUCAGUACUACGUUAACAAGCAAGGCGUACCUGAGGACGAAGCCUGCACUUGGGGCACGGAAAUGGGAGGUAAAGGCAACUGGGCACCGGCAGUCUUCGGCACUUCAUUUGAUGAUGGUCCUGUCCAGCAGGGUUUCUCUAGCUUGAAACAAAAUGAGUUGUGCAAGCAGGAACGGCUCGGGUACGACAUCACGUUCGUCGGAGAUGGCGUCGUCUCGGCAUGCAGGUACAAGAGCGCCACCAACCAGUGGUGUGAGGGUGACCAGUGUUGGGAAGAUCCGGAUCGUGGCUGCACUGCCGCUAUCACGCACGGAGACCUUACCGUGGUACUUUCGGAAGGAUAG